AGACUGAGAACGUGGGCAGUUAAAAGAAAGGGGAAAAGGUAAAGGUGGCCGGUCAAAGCAAACCAACGGACAGUCGUUACUCUCUCUUUGUCUCAGCUAAUGCCGCAGCGGUUAUUCGUAGAGCAACUGCAAGUAAAUGAAACACAAAAACGGAAACAACAGUACAAACGGGCCUUACGCUGCAAGCAAAGCCGCCCACAUGCAGAGUCACGCUCUAAUGGAUCCCAACAAAAGGAGCAUUUAAAAUAGGAGUAACACUUCUGUAGACGGCAGGCGAAUGGAAUAAGGCGAUGAUGGUGUCAUGGUUGUAACGUAACAGCAAUCAAUGACAGGGAAACGUUUUUUUGUGGGACGAAUUACUGCACCCACGAGCUGGCACAUUGCUUUCAGUAGCCCCACAUGAAAUGGGACGGCAGUCCCCAACAGCCAUAACUCGAGUCACCUACACCCCAACCCACGCCAAAUUAAUAGUGUCUAUAACACCGAUUGGUCCACGGACGUGACGAUGCUGCGUCGGUCUGUCCUGCGGCGGUGGGCGUAGUCGAUUCCGGGGUAAUGACUGCAGCAUUUGACUCGACCCGAUCGGGCUUGGAUGGGUGAUUCAAUACGAAAUGAUUGAUGGUGAGUGAGGCAGGGAAGAGAACGAGGUCGACGCUCUGCUACGAUAGCAGCCUGCGACUGUCGAUAGUAUGGAUUUGAUGUGCAAGUAAUUCAGACUGUAAUAGAAGAAAAAUAUCAACAUCGUCGAUUUCCUCCCAUCUGAGAAGCACAGAAACGAUGUCAGGCUAAUAAGGAAGGAAAUUAGACAAUGGCAGUGACGGGGUGAGACUAUGUAGUGUGGAAAGUCAUCUACAAUAAUUGGGCGGCAUUAACGUUGCAAGUCGACGAAGAGGACGACGACGAGGUUCACGAGGAGUGCGUCCUUUCUUCUUCUAGCCCCAACCUGUUUUACAUUUGAACUCGAGGACAGUCUUCGCUACCCCGCCACCUUCCCUCACUCUCAAAGUCUCCGUUCUUUAUUGCCUCUCUGCAGCAGCAGCUGGGAGAGUCUCUGCGUCCUCACUCCUUCCUGUGCGCAGUACAAGGAGGAUCCUCUUGGAGGAGGAGAUGGAGGGUGGCGUCUCGUUCUGGCAAGCGGUGACACUCUCUUCCAUUUUGGGGUGGGUGGUGGCCUCGUCCUGGUUUGAUCUCACCAAGAGGAUAAGAUCCCUCGCGCAGCCAUGGGUCACCCGCCGCGUCCUCGCUGAUACCCCUUCCAUCCUCUGGCUACAGAGCAUGCGACAUGGUUUCUUGGACUGUAUCUUCUCGGUGCUAUCUUGUUUCGUUUCAGUGCCUUUCUACACAGGAUUUCUUCCCGUCGUCUACUGGAGUGGGCAUAGGAAAUUGGCGAGACAAAUGACGCUCUUGAUGGCGUUCUGUGAUUACAUUGGAAACUCCAUAAAGGAUGUAGUAUCAGCUCCGAGACCGAGUUGUCCUCCCGUGACAAGAGUGAUGGCCACAAAUGAUGAGAAGGGGAAUGCCAUGGAAUACGGAUUGCCGUCCUCACAUUGUCUCAACACCGUCUGUCUCUUGGGAUAUAUGUUACACCAUUUUCUGACACUUGGUGCCGAGACCGAUGCCAUCAUUCCUGUAGCUUUUUUGGGUUUAGUUUGCCUCCUUAUCAUUUCAAUCGGCAUGGGGAGGAUGUAUCUUGGCAUGCACAGCUUGAUCGAUGUAGUGGCUGGAAUCAUCUUUGGGCUUGUAAUUCUUGCUCUAUGGCUCAUGAUCCAUGAAUAUGCCGAUGACUUCAUUACAUCCGGGCAGAAUGUCACAUCUUUCUGGGCAAGUCUAUCUUUCUUGCUGUGCUUUGCUUAUCCGACUCCGGAAUUUUCUACCCCAAGUUUUGAAUACCAUACAGCAUUUAAUGGUGUUGCAUUCGGACUGGUUGGUGGAAUUCACCGACACCUCCAUCCUCGGCAUGGCGGUAAUCCAUCCUUAUUUUCUGGACUCCCGGUUGUGGUCUUCUUAGGAAGACUAUCGGUAGGCAUUCCCACAAUGCUGGUUGUGAAGUUCUGCAGCAAGGCAGUAGCUAAGUGGCUGCUUCCUGUGAUGUGCAACACUUUGGGCAUCCCGAUAACAUCGUCACGCUAUGUCCCAACGCUGAAGGGGUCCCAAGGCAGCAAGAGCAAAUCUGAGAGUAAGCAAUCUGGUCGUCUUCUCCCUCACAAGGCAUAUGAUGUCGACACCGGAAUAAGGUUUCUGCAGUAUGCUGGCCUCGCAUGGUCUGCGGUGGACUUCGUUCCCGCGCUCUUCUCUCAUCUCAACUUGUAGCAGUAUAGCUGCGAGUGGGUUAGACAGAGUUGUUCUUAGGGGUGUUCCGGUUCGAAUCGAAUUAAAUUGGCUUUCGAUUCGGUUCGGUUUAAGUAAACCGGUUUAGACCUAUCUAAUUGACCCGUUCAAUACCAUUUAAUUCGGUCCGGUUAA